UGAAGCCUUAAUGGCUGCCUUCAUCUUUGUCUUUUCUUUUGAGUUGGAAAAAGCCAACAAGUACAUUCAGGCCAUUAUUGUACUUACAAAGGGAAAUUUACAUCAGGACGUCCAAUAAUUUCUCUGUACACAUUUAUCAUGCAUUUAUCAGACCAGAUCAUCUCAGAUUCAUUAUACAUUUCUCUGUAUACUUGAACUGGCCUGGCCUAUCUUCUGGAGGAUUCUUCCGCCAUGGGAUUUCCUGUAGGUUUCCGUAAUAUCUCUAUACCGAGCGUUCUGCUCUACUUGGCAUCAGCCAUGGCGUACAUAAAGAAUGGAUUUUGUUGCUUUCUUUCUGCUCUUGGCCUGAGCGAGGCACCACAAGAAGAGAUGUAUUUGACGCAAGAACUACCAGAAAUUCCCUCCGCCAUUUCUUCUUCUUCUUCAGGUGAGAUGAUUAAGCACAAUUUACCUGUCAUUACAUUUCGAAAUGUUGCAGAGAAUCUGAUUGAGAUUUCUGAGGAUUUUGUAUGCGCGAUCUGCUUGAGAUCUUUUGAAGAAGAUGACGAAAUCCGAAAGCUGUGCAAUUGCAACCACAUUUUUCACAGAAAUUGUUUGGAUAAAUGGAUUGAUAACAAUGAGGAUACCUGCCCUUUCUGCAGAUGUCCUCUGCUUCCACCGAUUUAAAGUGUUGAUAAAUGAUGCAGAUGAACGCUUUUCAAACCUCUCGCUGAUAAUUUCAUGAGGGUUUGAUUAUUUCAUUUCUGUGCAUUUUACUUCCUGAAUAAACUUCAGUAGAUUUAGCCAUUUUUCUGUGCCAGUGAUUAAAAUGAAAUCUUCUUUGUUUCUUAUAUAUUUAAAGUGUUGAUAAAUUAUGUAGAUGAACGCUUUUCAAACCUCUCGCUGAUAAUUUCAUGAGGGUUUGUUUAUUUCGUUUCUGUGCAUUUUACUUCCUAAAUGAACUUCAGAAAAUUUAGGCUUUUCUGU